GUGAAAUGCAUGCAGUUGCAUUCUGCUCUUACACAUCGUUCGGUUUCUUUUUUUAGCAUGUGCUGACGUGUGGAGGAGUGAAGCUGACGUCUGGCUUGAAUCGUGGCAACAUCUGGAUUGGAGGUGUCCCACCUUUGGCCCAGGAGGGCAAGCAUCGGGCUGGGCAUCCAAUGGCCCAACUCCCUUGCAGCAUCAUACUUGUCCUGGGUCACAGGGACACCUUGUAGCAGGAAAAUCAAACUGACCCUACAAUGGAUGGAGGUCCAUGUGGAUGUAAGAGGAAUUGUGCACAGGUGCUCCAGCUUAGGACAGAGUUCAUUACUGCACAGUGGACUCAGGGAGAAACAGAAGAUUUGUUGGUUCAUAGACCAGCCAAGACGCAACUUCAUUAAUGCAGUGGAAAGACUUGAAGAAUGAUGAGCUCCAAAGAGGAGGAAACUCUGAGUUUUUUCCAAUAUGUUGAGGAGAAUGGGCUGAGAGCCUACAACAGCCUGAUAGCUCAGAACUUGGACCACGCCAGGAAUGAGAGAAAUAGGACAUUCCUGCAGGAAAAAAAAGACAAAAAAAGAAAACAGGAGGAAGCCAUAAGGAGAAUAGGUGAGGAGAUAGCAACAGAAGGCAAGCACUUGCGAAUGGGUUCAAUAACCAUGCCAGACCCCCAGGAAUGCAUGCCCUUGCCUCACCUGCAUGCCAUUGCCUGCAGGCAGGGCUUUUCUGUGCGCUCCCAGUCCCUCCAUUCGGUCGGUGGUGGGAACAGUGGAGGAGGAGGAGACGAGGAAGUGGGAAGUCCAACCUCCAGGAAACAGCCACCACCUAAACCCAGGAGGGACCCGGCCACCAAGCUGAGCAUGUCGUCUGAGGCGGUGGACCACAGUGUUUCAUCCAUCUGCCAUGGAGAGAGAUGUGAUG